AAUGCCUCAUAACCCAUUGGGACCUAGACACAUUUUGGCCCGCCAAUUUCAAACGACGCCGGAGUAGCCGUAUCUGGUUCGCCGUCGAUCUCUUUUUCCGGCGACAUCUCAUUAUAUAAUAAUACUGGAAUGAAGAUUCAAGUAAGUAGGAGUGGAUAUAGAGGAUUCCGAUUAGUUUUGGAUUGUCGCGUAGUUGAAUGAUUGAUUGAUUGUGAGAAUCUUUUCACAAUGAUAAAAAGGUUAGGAUCAUUCCGGUGCUAUGUCAAUCAUAGGAUACCGUCUUGUUUCAGGAAUGAACAGUCAAGUAAUGAUCAUAUAAUCUUGUUGUGUAAGCAAAAAUUGUUUAAACAAGCUUUAGAGUCAUUUGAGUUGUUAGAAAGGAACACAACUUAUAAUUUGUAUCCAAGCACGUAUGCUCAGUUAGUUUCUGCGUGCUCAUCUCUUAGAUCCCUACCGUAUGCAAGAAGAGUUCAUACUCAUAUUUUAGCAUCAAAUUAUCAGCCAGACAUGAUUUUUCAAAAUCAUUUGUUGAAUAUGUAUGGGAAGUGUGGGUCGUUGAAGGAGGCUCGUAAGGUGUUUGAUGAAAUGCUUGAACGAAAUUUGGUUUCUUGGACUUCGAUAAUUGCUGGGUACUCACAGAAUGGUCAGGAGAAUGAAGCAUUAGAUCUUUACUUUCAAAUGCGACAGUUUGGUCUUAUACCUGACCAGUUCACAUAUGGAAGUGUAAUCAAAACUUGCUCAAAUAUGAACCAGGUAGAGUUAGGGAAGCAGUUGCAUGGCCAUGUCAUUAAAUCGGAACAUGGUUCCCACCUUAUUGCUCAGAAUGCAUUGAUUGCGAUGUACACGAAGUUUAAUCAAAUUGAUGAGGCAUUGACAGUGUUCUCCCGUAUUAAUUCAAAGGAUUUGAUAUCGUGGAGCUCAAUGAUUGCUGGAUUUUCACAGCUUGGUUAUGAAUCAGAAGCUCUGUCCUGCUUCAGGGAGAUGCUUAGUCAGGGCAUUUACAAACUGAAUGAAUUCGUUUUUGGAAGCAUUUUUAAUGUCUGUAGAAGUCUUGCGCAAGCAGAAUAUGGAAGACAAGUACAUGGUUUAAGUAUAAAAUUUGGGCUUAGUUUUGACGCUUUUGCUGGUUGCGCUGUUACUGACAUGUAUGCUAGAUGUGGAUGGUUGCAUUCUGCAAGAACUGCAUUCUACCAGAUAGGAAAUCCUGAUCUUGCAUCCUGGAAUGCUCUGAUUGCGGGGUUUGCAUACGGAGGUGACCGUGAUGAAGCUGUAUCUCUCUUUUCUCAGAUGAGAACUUUGAGGUUGAUCCCAGAUGAUGUCACAGUUCGUUCUUUACUUUGUGCCUUUGUAAGUCCAUGUGCUCUUUUUCUAGGAAAGCAAGUGCACUGCUAUGUUAUUAAGAGUGGCUUUGAUUUAGAGAUUUCCAUCUCUAAUACAUUACUUUCAAUGUAUGCCAACUGUUCAGAUCUUCCGGAUGCACAUAAAAUUUUCAAUGAGAUAAAAAACAAAGCAGAUUUAGUCUCGUGGAAUGCCAUUCUUACAGCUUUUCUACAACAGCGAGAUUCUGGAGAGGUCUUCUCGUUAUUUAAGAUGAUGCUUCUUUCUUCUAAUAAGCCUGAUCAUAUUACAUUAGUUAAUAUGCUUGGGGCAUCUGGAAAAGUAGCCUCUUUGGAAAUCGGAGACCAGGUUUGUUGCUAUGCCAUGAAAAAUGGGCUAAGUGAAGAUAUUUAUGUCAUGAAUGCUUUAAUUGACAUGUAUGUGAAAUGUGGACAUAUGACAAGCGCUAAGAAGCUCUUUGAUAGUAUGAACAACCCUGAUGCGGUUUCAUGGAGUAGUUUAAUAGUGGGGUAUGCUCAGUUUGGAUACGGAGAAGAGGCUCUAGACCUCUUCCAGAAGAUGAGAGAUUUAGCUGUCAAGCCAAACCAAGUUACCUUUGUCGGGGUUUUGACUGCUUGUAGUCAUGUUGGACGAGUAAAAGAAGGGUGGCAGUUGUUCAGAGCCAUGGAAACGGAGUUUGGUAUUAUACCAACUAGAGAGCAUUGUUGCUGUGUGGUUGACAUGCUUGCCCGAGCUGGCUGCAUAGAAGAAGCAGAAGCUUUUAUCAAUCAAAUGGAAAUAGAUCCUGAUAUUGUGGUGUGGAAGACUUUGUUAGCUGCUUGUAAGACACGUAACAAUCUUGAUGUUGGCAAACGAGCCGCAGAGAAAAUUUUGGAGAUUGAUCCCUCGAAUUCUGCUGCACAUGUGUUACUCUGUAACAUUUUUGCUUCUACAGGCAGUUGGAAAGAUGUUGCAUCACUGAGGGGUCAGAUGAGACAAAAAGGCGUCAAAAAGGUUCCAGGUCAAAGUUGGAUCGAAGUCAAGGACCAGAUCCAUGUCUUCUUGGCUGAGGACUGUAUGCAUGCAGAAAGGGACAGCAUAUAUUCCAUGCUAGAUGAACUAUGGCUGCAGAUGCUGGAUGAUGAUUAUUUGCCCCUCCAGAGUUAAGUUUUAGGGGUAAAACAUUUGGACAGGAUGACUAUUGGAUAUACGCUUCUUGCAGUGUCCACAUUGUGGAGUUGCACCUUUACAUAAUCAGAUUUUACUUAUGCAGGUCCUUGAGUUGGUUUUCUAGAAAUUACGAGGUCUGGAAAGUGAAAACAAAAAUUUGCCAAAUAGCUAUGCAGAGACAUGCUUGACUAGAGAGACACUGAAGCAGCAGAUAUUCUUGUACAAAUGGUCAAAGCAGUUUGCUGUUUUCCAUGAACAAGUUGUCGUUUCAUACAGAGAUGUAUUUCAUAUUUCCGAUUAACUGAAGAUUGCUGCCAAAUAGAAAAAGAUAUGAAGAUAGCAUCAGGGAAAAAAAGUUAGAAUUGCAAUCAAAAUUUGGAACUCAAAUUUCAGGAUGGCUCUACUGCUUUUAAGGAGUGAAUGAGGAAGCUAUUUACUGUUUUGAUUUGUAGACGCACACGAAACAGCAGUCCGCUCUUCUUACUCCCAGUAUCACUUUUUUCAGUCAUACAUCUUUGUUAUGUUCAAAUUGCACGCCUGAAGAAUAAUAGCCUGGUGAUUGAGAGGUA